AAGAUGAUGACGAGGACGCUAACAUAACGGAAUACAAGAAAAAAUUUCUCUCUCUCUCUCUCUUCCACCUCUCGGUUUGUGCUGCGGAUUGGUCUUAUUUAUGGCUUCAGCUUCUGCGCCUUUCUUCCACGUUCCUUACGAUUGUUCCCCGAGGAGGCUGAGGUUCAAGCUUAGGAAUGGCGAACAUGGCGGUUCCUCUUCUCAUUCUUCCUCAUCAUCUUCUUCGCUGUGUUGUUCCUCCUUUGAUCAUCGUCGAGGUUUCUCUUCCAAUUUCUGCAACUCUUCUGCUAAACUGUGUUCAGGCUUGAGGAUUUCCUCAAAACAUCCAAGCUUUAGAUUUCAAGCUAUGAGUACCACUCAGGGAAAUGUUACGUCAUCCAAGGGAGUUGCAAAGUUAAAAAAUGAACCAGAUCAUCUUCUUGUUCUUGUUCAUGGCAUCUUAGCUAGCCCUAGUGACUGGACAUAUGUAGAAGCAGAGUUGAAAAGGAGCCUGGGAAACAAAUUUUUAAUCUAUGCAAGUUCAUCUAAUACCUACACUAAAACCUUUAGAGGAGUUGAUGGAGCUGGAAAACGGUUAGCAGAUGAAGUUAUGCAAGUUGUCCAAAAGACAGAAAGCCUGAAAAGAAUCUCCUUUUUAGCCCAUUCUCUUGGUGGCUUGUUUGCAAGAUAUGCAAUUUCUGUUCUUUAUUCCUCAAACCUCUCAGUUAGUGAUCAGCCUGAUCUUGCUGAUUCUAGAAAUGAAAAUCCAGAAAAUUCAGCAUGCUCUUCAAAACGAGGAACAGUUGCUGGAUUGGAACCAAUAAAUUUCAUUACCUUGGCAACUCCACAUCUAGGGGUGAAAGGGAGAAAGCAGCUUCCAUUGCUCUUGGGAGUUCCCAUCUUCGAGAAACUAGCUCCAUCCUUAGCCAACUUUUUUAUUGGCCGAACUGGUUGUCAGCUGUUCCUUACAGAUGGUAGACCCAGCAGACCGCCUCUUCUUCUAAGAAUGGCAUCUGAUUGCGAGGAUGGAAAAUUUAUAUCUGCUCUUGCUGCAUUCAGUUGUCGUAUUGUUUAUGCCAAUGUCUCUUACGACCAUAUGGUUGGUUGGCGCACAUCCUCCAUCAGAAGGGAGGCAGAACUUGUUAAGCCCCCUCAACGUUCAUUGGAUGGUUACAAGCAUGUUGUAGAUGUGGAAUAUUGUCCACCUGUAUCAUCUGAUGGUCCCCAAUUUCCAAGGGAAGCAGCAAAAACAAAGGAGGCAGCACAAAAUGAACCCAACACUCAAAGCACAGAAGAGUACUACGAUAUUAUUGAAGAGGAAAUGAUACAUGGACUACAAAGAGUAGGGUGGAAGAAAGUUGACGUCAGCUUUCAUUCGGCAUUUUUGCCCUUCUUUGCCCAUAACAACAUUCAUGUGAAAAAUGAAUGGCUUCAUAAUGCUGGUGCUGGAGUAGUAGCUCAUGUUGCUGACAGCUUAAAGCAACAAGAAUCUUCUACACUUAUCACUGCUAGCUUAUAGCAAUGAAGUUGAUUUUGAUGCAUUUCAGGUUUUCACUUGAAAUAUUGACCCAAGUAUGUAACAUAAUAACUUUUUAUGAUU